AUGGUCCUCCUUCUGCCCUGGCUCUCGCGGUGUUGCGGUCGUUGCCUCCUCCUGCCUUCCAGGCUGCUGGCCCCUGGAAGCCCCCAGAGAUGCUGCUCCCAGAGAUCCAAGCCAAGCACAAAGGAGCAGGCCAGCUCCGCCGGCAGCGGGAAGAGGUCCCCCACCGCAGGUCCUGGGCUCCCUGCCGAGCUAGCCCGGGCGGAGGAGCUGCUGGAGCAGCAGCUGGAGCUGGCCCAGGCCCUGCAGGAAGGGCAGGAGGGGGCCUGGGAGGCCCAGGCCCUGGUGCUCAAGACCCAGAAGCUGAAGGAGCAGAUGAGGAGACUCCGAGAGAGCCUGGGAGGAGGAACCUAGGCUGCUCUGGUGCCCACUUCCCCUCCAACAUGGGCAACACUGCACACCACCUGCCUGGAGACGGUUGGAAACACACCAGCCUCCCUCGGGCCACUUAGAAAAACAGAAGACCCCUCCAGAGGGCCAGACUGGAAAGCAGCGGGAACCAUGACCUCUGCAGUCGUCUUAGCCACGCGCCCCCACUGUGACCCCUCGCUGACAACCUUGGCGCCACAUAACCUCACCCCAAAUUCAAUAAAAGGAGCACUUAGACACCA